CAUCAUAAUCACCAACAACGGUAUAGAUGCGAGAGGCACAGACGACCUAGGAACAGAAGUGGAUGCCACGCCCACAUUGGGUUUUGGCCAUUCUUGGAAAUCAUCAUCAACAACCGUAUAGAUGCGAGAGGCGCACGCGACGUAGGAACAGAAGAAGAAGAGGUGGGCGCCAUGUACUUUAGCCAGGUGGAACCGAGCAAAAGUCCAGCUGAAGCCGGGCCAUCCGCUCGAAGGACGCCUCACUUCGUCAUACGCCCGAGCUCGCCGGCGACCGGGCACCCCCCCUUAAACAGCCCCGUGGCCGGAACAUCGCUGCCGCCCGUUAUGUUCGCGUUUCCGCUCGAGCCCGAGGAAGCGGCGCCCGUAAAGCAGCAUCGGAAGCGCAGGGGCAAGAGAAAGAGGAAGCGCAGGAAGAAGGGUGCCAAGCGCAACGACGGGGCCGGCCACGAGGAGAACGCGCCCAAGGCUGGUCUGAUGCACAAGAACGGCUACCCGGUCCAAGUGCACCAUGUCAUCACCGAGGACGACUACAUCCUCGAAGUGGACAGAAUGCCGUACGGCGUGGAAGGUGACACGCCUAACCAGAGGCCGCCCGUGCUGCUGGUUCACGGGAUCGUUUCCUCGGCUGCAGACUUCGUCAUCAACAAGCCUCACCAGAGCGCAGGCUUUCUUCUAGCGGACAGAGGAUUCGACGUAUGGCUUAUCAACAGCAGGGGGACGCCGUACUCCAACUACCACAAGACGCUCACCACGGAGGACCCGGAAUUUUGGGAAUGGAGCUUUGACGAGAUCGGUCGCUACGACUUGUCGGCAACGAUUGACUACGUCACCCACGUCACAGGAUUUACGAACAUCAGCAUCGUUGCGUGGUCUCAAGGCUUCACGGAAAUGCUGGUGCUUCUUUCGACGAGACCCGAAUAUAACGCCAAGGUAAAUCUCGUGGCAGGCUACGCACCGGUGGGAAACAUCUCUUACAUCGAGACGCCGCUCACUCUUCUGGGUCCCGUCGCCGAGCUCAUUGCCUCGGUGUUCCACCACUUCACCAAGGGGGGCCUCCUGACGUCCACUCCAACGACCCAGUUCCUGAUCACUCAAUUCUGCAACAAUGUUUUCCGUGGGGCCUGUUUCCUGCCAGUCAACGUAGCCGUGGGGGCAAGCCGAGAACAGUUGAACAAGACCCGGAUACCCGUGUACCUUGCCCACAUGCCAGCGGGAACGUCAAUACGUAACAUAAUUCAUUACACGCAGAUGUACAGAGCGCAGAAUUUUAUUAUGUACAACUACGGUUUCGAAGAAAAUUUGAUACGAUACAACCAGCCUGAACCCUACGAGUACCCUCUGGAACACGUCUUCGCACCCAUCGCUCUCUUCACCGGCGCCGCGGACCGCUUCGCCGAUCCGAACGACGUGCAAAGCCUGAGGAGUCGAAUAGGCGACGCCAUCGUCUUUGACUACGAGAUUCCGCAGGACACGUUCAUGCACCUGGACUUCGUCAUCGGCUACGACGCCACCGUGAUGCUCCACGAACCCAUGGUUGCACUCGUUCAAGGCUUCAACGAGCCGCUUCCUUGGCCCUUCUACAAGCGGCGGUGACUGGCGUACACCUUGCGUUGAAAGUCUGAGGACCAGUCUGCUCGUCGCUCUAAAGGGACACCCAAGGGCACACUUAAAUAACUUUAGACUCGGAAAAUGUUCCCGGAAAACUCCGUAUUUUCUUUCACCUGGCGAAGAAAAUCUUAACGUAGUAAGAUGAACACCUCCUUUCUUGUUUUAUUUCGCACCGGAAUUUGAGCGCUUGUCCAUGAAUGUGUCGUCGCGGAUUUCAAAGUGUUUGAACUUAUUAGAGUUGUUUUUUUAGACAGGAAAGGAUAUUUAAUGUUGCUUGGUCGAUACUUUGGAUCAGUUAGAAUACAAUGAAGUAAUAAUUCAACCAUAAACUGUUAUUUCAACCACAGUGGAUGGUGUCAAAAUAUAUGAUGUCCUAAAGAGCGCGUGAGGCGACUUUCAGGCGGUGUCGCCAACCAGUUUUUGUUCUAGCGUGUUUUUAUGGCUUACCUAGCCACACUAUCACGAUCACAUUUGCCGUUUUGCUGUUGCAAAAAACUUACCUAAUUCACUUACCUAAAUACAUCUUCAGUGUCCCUUGAAGAUUACGCACGCAGAAGGUGUUUUUUAAGCUUUCACGGAGCCCGCGCUGCUACUGAAAGGGCAGCAAUACCAAACAGCCCUGGUUACGAUUCCGCGCGCAGUGACUUUUAAAUGUUUGACGUGAGCGGUACUUCGCUGAAGGCAUUCAAUAGAUAAGACAAUAAUGCAGCGUUGUAGGAAGCUGAGGGCCGUCGUUGCCACUUCGACCUGAAGACUUCGCAGUGACUGCCACUUCAGUGAACAAACUGUGAUGGACACGUGACUGCCUCAUCGCCUUCUGUUGGAAGUUGCUCAUCUCCGCAUCCUGUGAGCGCCCUUUGGGCCUGUGAGAGCGACACACACUUUUUUAUCGUCGCAAGCGGGAAACGUGCUUGAUUGUUUUUCUUGGCUUGAGGACUUUUCGUUUGAGCAUGGAGACUCUGUUCUUUGUUGGCGACAUUAAAGAAUGUUGUUUCAAAA